AUGCAAUACUCUAGAAGCAGUGGCCACGGGCCUGUGGUGGGCUUCUCACGCCAGGAGAAUGGCGCCAGCGUGAUCCUCCGAGACGCUGCGAGAGCCAGAGAGAACAUCCAGAAAUCCCUGGCCGGAAGCUCAGGCCCUGGGGCCUCCAGCGGACCCAGCAGGCAUCACAGCGAGCUUGCUGUCUUCACUGCCAGCCUAGAAGUGGAGAAUCAGAGCCUGCGAGGAGUGGUGCAGGACCUGCAGCAGGCCGUCUGCCAGCUAGAGGCCGGGUUGAGCGUGCUGGAGAAGAGCUCCCCCACACACCGGGCCACAGCCCCACAGCCCCAGCACGUGUGCCCCAUGCGCCAAGUGGAGCCCCGCAGGAAGGUAGCUACUGCCGCGGAGGACGAUGAGGACGAUGCCACUGACCUGUUUGGCAGCGAUGAGGAAGAAGACAAGAAGGCCACAUGGCUGCAAGAGGAAAGGCUGCGGCAGUACGCCGAGAAGAAGGCCAAGAAGCCCGCCCUGGUGGCCAAGUCCUCCAUCCUCCUGAACGUCAAGCCUUGGGACGAUGAGACAGACAUGGCCCAACUGGAGGCCUGCAUGUGCUCCAUCCGGUUGGACCGGCUGAUCUGGCGGGGCUCCAGGUUGGUGCCCGUGGGCUAUGACAUCCGCAAGCUGCAGAUCCAGUGUGUGGUAGAGGACGACAUGGUGGGGACCGACCUGCUGGAGGAGAUCACCAAGUUCAAGGAGCAUGUGCAGAGCAUCGGCAUAGCUGCUUUCAACAAGAUCUGAGCGCCGGCUC